GAGCUCUGCACAGUAGAGAGAGAAAGUUCUCUCUCUUACUUUCUCUCUCCUCCGUUCCUCUCGCCGAUUCAAGAAAUGGCCACAAUCCACCGCCACUACACCCAUCCCAACCACGAAGUCUACAUUGUCGACUUGAACAGAACCAGAAUAACCGUCACCGUAACCUCCUUCUCCUCCAUCGUCAAGAACUGGCUUAAGGCCAUGCUUCACUUCAACGGCCACCGCUACCGCCAACGCCGCCUCAUCGUCGGUCUCGGCAUCCAGUGGAAUCCAAACGCCCUUCAUCCAUUUCCGCCGGACACAUUGCAGCUCGCCGUCAACCACCGGUGCCUGAUCUUUCAUCUCACUCACGCCGACGGCGUGCCUUAUAUCCUUCACCAGAUCCUCCUCGACGAUGCAAUUCGCUUCGUCGGAUUCCAUAACCGCUAUGAUCCAGACAAGCUUCUGCACUCCCCGCUCCAAUUAAGGAUGAUCAGGUAUCCUACUGAUGUGGUAAAAUGCCUGCGAAUUCGGCACAACGAUCCGCGUAUAGAAAAUGCUUCUGUGCGGCGAGUUGUGAAGAAGUACCUUAGGAUUAAAGUGGAGCAGAGGGGAGAGGUGAAGGAUAGUGAUUGGAAUCGAUUAAAUCUUACCGAAGAACAAGUGAUUUUUGCGGUUGUUGACGCCUACUGUGCUUUCCUAAUCGCAAUCAAAAUCCCGAUCCGGCAGCUGGCACAGGUAUAAUCGAUUUCAUCAAUUUCUCUCUGCUUCCAAACUGCAUUUUAACUUGGAAUCUGGAUUGUAUUGACAGUGAUGUAUGUGUUUUGUUGCUUCGUUUCUUUCUAAUUUUUCUCUUGUUUUACAUGAAUGGUGACUGAUAAUCCAUAUUCUGUUGUUA